GGUUACUUAUAGCAGGUUACUUAUAGCAGGUUACUUAUAGCAGGUUACUUACAGCAGGUUACUUAUAGCAGGUUACUUACAGCAGGUUACUUACAGCAGGUUACUUACAGCAGAGGAUACUUGGAGACAAUGAGUGUGUCCCAAAUGGCACUACUUUUGACCAGAGCCCAGGUGUAAGUUCAGGCUCUAGUCAAAAGUACUGCACUAUAGAGGGAAUAGGAUGGGGUGUAGCCUUGGAGAUAAAGCCUGCUAGCAAUGCACUGCUAAUGGACUGUGUUCAUAGAGGUGGAGGGAUUUACUGGGUAACCAGGUCACACUGGGUUCAUAGAGGUGGAGGGAUUUACUGGGUAAUCAGGUCACACUGGGUUCACAUAAGUGGAGGGAUUUACUGGGUAAUCAGGUCACACUGGGUUAACAGAAGUGGAGGGAUUUACUGGGUAAUCAGGUCACACUGGGUUCACAGAAGUGGAGGGAUUUACUGGGUAAUCAGGUCACACUGGGUUAACAGAAGUGGAGGGAUUUACUGGGUAAUCAGGUCACACUGGGUUAACAGAAGUGGAGGGAUUUACUGGGUAAUCAGGUCACACUGGGUUCACAGAAGUGGAGGGAUUUACUGGGUAAUCAGGUCACACUGGGUUCACAGAAGUGGAGGGAUUUACUGGGUAAUCAGGUCACACUGGGUUAACAGAAGUGGAGGGAUUUACUGGGUAAUCAGGUCACACUGGGUUCACAGAGGUGGAGGGAUUUACUGGGUAAUCAGGUCACACUGGGUUAACAGAAGUGGAGGGAUUUACUGGGUAAUCAGGUCACACUGGGUUCACAGAAGUGGAGGGAUUUACUGGGUAAUCAGGUCACACUGGGUUAACAGAAGUGGAGGGAUUUACUGGGUAAUCAGGUCACACUGGGUUCACAGAGGUGGAGGGAUUUACUGGGUAAUCAGGUCACACUGGGUUAACAGAAGUGGAGGGAUUUACUGGGUAAUCAGGUCACACUGGGUUAACAGAAGUGGAGGGAUUUACUGGGUAAUCAGGUCACACUGGGUUAACAGAAGUGGAGGGAUUUACUGGGUAAUCAGGUCACACUGGGUUAACAGAAGUGGAGGGAUUUACUGGGUAAUCAGGUCACACUGGGUUCACAGAGGUGGAGGGAUUUACUGGGUAAUCAGGUCACACUGGGUUCACAGAGGUGGAGGGAUUACUUUGAAGACAGCCAAAGGGAACAUGAUAAGAUAAUUGUUGAGCAGUUGAAAAAAGCAUUUGAUUGAAAUGGAUAACACGAUUGAAGAGAAACGCACAGCUCUGCAAGGAGCCGUUAAUGAUGAUGGUAUAUUCAAUGAACUGAUGCCAACUAACCGAGCGCUCCAGGACAAGUUGUCUACAGAAAUAAAGGAACUUAAAAUCAAGAUAUUCAACCACGACAAAAAAGACAAGGCUGAGGAUAAAGUCUACUUCUGGAGAAACCCUGACGAGGUCCUGCUCCUCCUCUCCAUGACAGACGCAGGAGGGAUACUGCUUCCUUCUAUCCAGCCCGUCUGACCAACACUACAAACAGCGCCUCAUCUGCUUCCAGUGGCAGAUGUUUAUCCAACGAGAGCCUGGGCCAACGGAAGGGCGGAGGUGGCCGUGGACACGCGCACCGACGAGAUGCCGCUCCUGACGGGGUAAGAAGAAACGACUACCAGAGGCAGAGGAGACCGUUCACACGGUCCCAGAACCCACGAGACUGAGCGUCUUCAAUUUAUCAAGCAAGAUAUUGAGCCAUGCCCAUGUCUCCUUGCUUUGUAAAGGACACCAGUAGUAUGACCUCAGAACAGCUCCCCUCCUUCCUAAAGGACACCAGCAGUAUGAUCUCAGAACAGCUCCCCUCCUCCUAAAGGACACCAGCAGUAUGAUCUCAGAACAGCUCCUCUCCUAAAGGACACCAGCAGUAUGAUCUCAGAACAGCUCCCCUCUUCCUAAAGGACACCAGCAGUAUGAUCUCAGAACAGCUCCCCUCUUCCUAAAGGACACCAGCAGUAUGAUCUCAGAACAGCUCCCCUCUUCCUAAAGGA